AUGUCACACACCUUACUACCACGCGCAGCAGCGCGCCUGAACCCCCAAUGCUCUCUCCGCACCUCGACACGCGCCAUUGCCACGUCAAGUCGCCAAUUCUUCCCACGCCCCCCGACGACACAAUGCACCGCGCGAACCUUCACCUCCAGCCUAAUUGUUCAAAAGAAAGCCGGCAAAGCCAACAAAGCCCAUGCCCGCACCGACUCGUCACCACCAGUCUCGAAAGCAGGCAAAUCCACGGCCACAGAUGAAGCCUACGACCUUUCCAUUCUCGAAUCUGAGAUCCUCAAAGCUAUGGAGCAGCUUACACAUAAGCUCUCUCAAUUGCGCAGCGGUGGACGGUUAAACCCUGAGGUAGUAGAGGGCCUGAAGGUCCAGCUCGGAACGGCAGGCAAGGACGGCGACGGCAAAGAGACGGUGCGGUUGGGCGAUAUCGCGCAGGUUGUGCCUAGGGGAAGAAUGCUGAAUGUGAUUUGCGGCGAGGCAGAGCACAUCAAACCGAUAUCGACAGCCAUUGCAGCUUCGCCGCACUCGCUCACACCCCUCACACCCGAAUCAUCAAGUCCCCUCACCAUUCAAGUUCCACUACCUCCCCCAACCGGCGAAACACGCCGCACGGCUAUCGAGAAGGCAUCGCAGGCUGCCGAAGUAGCAGAUAAAUGGAUUGCGAAGGCGCGGCAGAACCAUAACCAGAAGUUGAGGAAGUAUCAGCUCGAGAAGAGCGUGCUGCCAGAUGAUUUGCAGAAGGCGGGGAAGAAGAUGGAAGAGGUGGUCAAGAAGGGCCAUUCUGAGGUCAAGAGAAUUGUCGAUGGUGCGAAGAAGGUGCUUGAGGCACAAUAG